AUGAAAUCUCUUCCGCACUCCGACCCGAAAAGCUUCUCCCGGCAGGUGGAAACCCACAGCCAGUACUGCACCGGGUCGUUUCACCAGCAGCACUCCAAUCUCCCGGCUCGGGUCCACAAGAGCUGGCUCUUCUUCCCCUGGCACCGGAUGUUCCUCUACUUCCACGAGAGGAUCCUCGGGAGCCUGAUCGGCGACGAGACCUUCGCGUUUGCCGUUUCGGGGUUGGGAUUCACCUGA